UCCACUCUUAACUGGUGCGCCUGUGAGUUUGUAUUGGACUGGCAAACAAAAUGGCCCUUCGAAACCUUUGUAAACUUCAAGCAAACUUUAAUUACUUGUUUCCUUCGCUUGUUUCGACGCAGACACGUCCCUAUGCAAGCUCGAUCAAAUGUUCUCCUUUCGCGCCGCGAAGUUGUAACUUUGGUAGUUCGUCGAGACUUUCAUGUCUUGGAGUAGCACAGCAAAUGGGAGAAAGUUCCGAGCAAGCCAACUUGAAACCAAAAACAGGAAUAAUGCUUCUGAAUAUGGGAGGUCCAGAGACAACAAAUGAGGUUCAUGAUUUUCUCUUGCGACUUUUUUCUGAUCGUGACCUUAUGGUUUUACCUGCUCAAAGUAAGAUGGCUCAAUGGAUUGCCAGAAGAAGAACCCCUAAAAUCCAGGAACAGUAUCAAAAGAUAGGUGGUGGCUCUCCUAUCAAAAUGUGGACUGAAAAACAAGGAGAGGGAAUGAUAAAACUGCUUGAUGACAUGUGCCCCGAUUCAGCUCCUCACAAGUUUUAUAUUGGAUUCCGUUAUGUGAAACCUUUAACAGAGGAAACUUUGGAUCAGAUGGAAAGUGAUGGUAUAGAAAGAGCUGUGGCUUUCACUCAAUAUCCUCAGUAUUCCUGUUCCACAACUGGGAGCAGUUUAAAUGCAAUCUACAGACAUUACAAGCAAAGAGGAGAGAAGCCUGGAAUCAAAUGGAGUGUCAUAGACCGGUGGCCAACCCAUCCUGGUCUUGUUCAGGCCUUUGCAGAAAACAUCCAGGCAGAGUUAGCAAAGUUUCCUGCUGAUGUCCAAAACGAAGUGGUUAUUCUGUUUUCUGCCCACUCUCUUCCAAUGAAGGUUGUCGAUAGGGGUGACCCAUAUCCUCAAGAAGUUGCUGCCACAGUACAAAGGGUGAUGGAAUCAUUGAACUACUCCCAUCCAUACAGACUUGUUUGGCAAUCAAAGGUGGGCCCCAUGCCAUGGCUUGGACCUCAGACGGAGGAUUCAAUUAAGGGCCUUGCAAAGAAGGGAAAAAAGAAUAUCCUUUUGGUUCCCAUCGCUUUCACCUCUGACCAUAUUGAGACACUUCAUGAGCUGGAUAUAGAGUAUGCAGAAGAGGUUGCUCACGAGGUUGGUAUCGAGAAUAUCCGAAGAGCAGCUUCACUGAAUGAUAGUCCAACUUUUAUCAAGGCGAUGGCUGACGUUGUAAAAGUUCAUUUGGAUUCAGGAGUUAAUUGCUCUCGCCAGCUUCCCCUUCGUUGCCCGAUGUGUGUGAACCCCACUUGUGGCUUAGCCAAAGAAUUUUUCCUCAACCGCACGUUGUAAACUGCGCACAAAGAUAAAGGAAGGGCCAUAAAUUGCUCAAGCAACGCAAAUUUUAUUUUUAUUCUUAUUUCGUAGACUUUCGCUAUAACUUGGAGCGUAAAGUUAUUACCAAACAUCUUCCCAUUCAGUUAAUACAAAGUUGGGUUUCUUACGGGCUAAUCUUUCACUUUGGGAGGAUAGAUCCGUUUUUAAGCUUAAUACCUGGCUUUUAUGUUAGAGUCCACUUUUUCACAAGCCGAACAACCGGUUUAUUUACACUUUGAACAAACUGGGCUUGUAGGACAAGGUUACCUUUAAAAAAAGAUAUUUUGAAGAAAAGAAGAGGGUUUGAAUCCCAAUCAUUUUUUGAGGAAACCAUUUUUAAGUUGUAGUAUCAUUUAUCGUGUACACUGAAGUUAGCAGUAAGAGGAAAUCUCGGUCAUAUUUCGUUAACGGUUUAUUUGGCUUAAAUCCUGAUGCUUUUACGCGAAGGAAUUUAGAAGUAGAACAAAACAAAAUUAGAAACGUGCUAAUUACAAAACAUCUCACUUUACAAUCACCUCACGAUACGAGUUUAAGUAACUUUUUUUCAUGGAUCAACGUUAAGGAUAAAUGGAAUGACUGCUCGGCCAAAAUUUCUUCUAAAGAAUUAGCCAUAGCACUUCCAUAAAGACCAUGGACAGCUGUAAGUCAGCUAGUGGUCUGUUUACUGUAUUGAUAAGUUUUAUUUGACACGUGAAAACGUCAAUCUAUCGGUUUGUGUUGUUUCAGAUUUUAUUGCCUUAAUUUAAGUCCUUUAUCUAUGUUUUGCCGCUGGGGGCGGCUGCCUUUUAUGCCAGGCUAAAAAAAAUAUACAUUAAGAAAUUUAGACGUUA